GCAAUGCGCCGACUACCAAACAUGCAUUUGAACUGAAUGGGAGCUACUGGGAAAUUCGAAGGGAUCCUUCUGUGACAGUUGCCGUGCUAUUGAAGUUAUGUAAAAACGGUUUUUAUAGCUACAGCAUUCGAUUCUUAAGUGCUCAGUGACCUUUUAGAAGUGAAAUGGAUUGGUUAUAUUUUCUGGAGGGUGAAUACCGGUUCGUUCCAACUUUGCCUUUUUUCCUGGAAGAGUGGAUCAAAGAAGAAACUUUAAUGAGGCUUUACGCUUUUCUCUAAGAAUGGAGUUGCUGAAGGCGAACUUGAGCUGUCUGGAUAGUUUAUCCCCGGGAAACAACUGCCUGCCCGCCAGGGGCACGUCUCCCGGGGUAGCGGCCACCCUCGCCGGCGUGCUCAUCUUCACCACCGUGGCUGAUAUCGUUGGAAAUCUGCUGGUCAUCCUGUCUGUGUACAGGAACAAGAAACUCAGGAAUGCAGGUAACAUCUUUGUGGUGAGUCUUUCUGUGGCUGACCUGGUGGUGGCGCUGUACCCCUACCCCUUGGCUCUGGUCGCUAUCUUCCAUAACGGCUGGACAAUGGGCUCCCUGCACUGCCAGCUGAGCGGGUUCAUUAUGGGACUGAGUGUGAUCGGUUCGGUAUUCAACAUCACGGCUAUCGCCAUCAACCGCUACUGCUACAUCUGCCACAGUCUCCGCUACGACCGGCUGUAUUCUCGUCAGAACACCUGUCUGUACCUGCUGCUCACCUGGACGCUAACCGCUUUGGCCACUGUGCCCAACUUCCUGGUGGGUUCCCUAAAAUAUGACCCACGUGUCUUCUCCUGCACGUUCACCCAGACAGCAAGUUCUUCCUAUACCGUUUGCGUUGUUCUGAUCCACUUUCUGGUUCCUCUGGGUGUGGUUUCUUUCUGCUACCUGCGCAUAUGGACGUUGGUGAUAAGGGUCAAAGGUCGCGUGCGGCCCAAUCCGAAGGUCAGGGCGGCCGACCUGCGGAAUUUCUUGACGAUGUUUGUGGUGUUCGUGCUGUUUGCCGUGUGCUGGGCGCCCUUGAACUUCAUCGGGCUCGCCGUGGCGAUAAACCCCGCAAAAGUGGCGCCGAAUGUACCAGAGUGGCUGUUUGUUACCAGCUACUUCAUGGCGUAUUUCAACAGCUGUCUGAAUGCUGUCAUCUACGGGUUGCUCAACCAGAACUUCAGGCAAGAAUACAAACAGAUUCUCCGCGCUCUCUGCACCCCACGAGCAUUGUUCACUGAAAGCUCCAGGUAUAACACUGAAGCCAUAAAGAGUAAACAGUCGCCGGCGGGAACCAAUAACAAUGUGAAAGAGGCUUAUAUGUAUAAGGGUGGUGUAACACACACUCUUUUCUAGUACAGCAGCCCCCAUUUAACUAACAACCACACCAUUUGUGUACAAAGGGGUUAAAGGCACAGCGGGGUAAAAUGCACAUUUGUUUUUAUUUUUCCGCAGCACUUUCCUAAACAUCCGUGGUUCACUAUGCACUAGGAAAUUUGGCUGAGCCUUGAUUCAGCAAAUAAAAUGUCAAUUCUGCACUACACUGACCUAAUAUUUGACAAUUUUUAUGCUAUUUUAUAGAGUUAUAUGACAAUUGAGAAUCGAUACAAUUUCCAAAUAUAUUUUGAGACAAAUAUCUUGUUCAAAGAUCUGAGAAAUAUGUAAAAGUACGGUAUUUAGGGUAAAAAGUGCCCUUACUGUUGAAGCUAAUGGCACAAUAAUUGGAAUGAAAAUAAGUAGAAGGUUGACUUUUUAAUUUAGUUUAGUUUAUUUUAGUUUAUUUAUUUAUAAAGCACAUUUAAAAACAACAGGAGUUGCAACCAAAAUGCUGUAUAACAAAUAUAAAACACAGUCAAAACAUACCCAAUAAAGAAAUACAAAGGGACAAAAAAAAAUGUCACCCCCUCAAAAAGAAUUAAAACAUACGGAAUAAAAACAGAUUUUAAAGAGGACUUAUAAAAUAUAAAGGGGAAAAUCUUUUGUGAAGAGGAAGACUGUUCCAGAGCCUAGGAGCUGCCACAGCAAAAGACUAAUCGAUUUAGUUUGAAAAUGUGAACGAGGGACUUAGACGAGAAAUUGGCUAGAUGACAGAAGAGAUCUAGAGGAUCUAGAGAAGAUUACAAAUAUACUGGGGAGCUUUAAAAACAAAUAACAAAAUCUUAAAAUCAACACGGGAAUCGCCCGGGAGCCAUUGAGUACUGGGUAAUGUGCUCACGUUCACGUUUUCUAAUGCCAUACAAUAAUCUGGCUGCAGCAUUUUGCACCAAUUGCAAUCGGUGCAGAGAUGAUUUAGGCAAACCCAGAUAAAGUAAGUUGCAGUUAUCCAACACUGAAUUUUUCAAUGCAUGAAUUACUGUUAGAAGGUCCUUCAUGGAAAGCAUCCCCUUGAUUCUAGCAAUUUAUCUUAAUUGCUUAUCAAAAGACAACGAAGGAUCAAAGAAAACACCAAGGUUUAUAAUACACUCAUGUACAUUUGAUGACAGGGGGCCAAGCUGCUUGGCAAUACCAGACGAUACAGUUAUUGGACCAAAAAACAUUAUUUCAUUUUUAUCAUUAUUCAACUGUAAAAAAAUUCAGGUCCAUCCAGCAUUUAAUUUCCUGAAGACAUGCAAACAGAUUAGUGUUGUUGGUGAAGAAAUUAUAUGAUAAAUUAUGUUUCUGACACAUAUAACUGAGUGGAAGCAUAUAUAAGGAGAAAAGGAGAGGACCCAAAAUAGAACCCUGCAGAACACCAUAGGAGAUUUGAGCUUGUGAUAAGAAACAAUUUCCCAAUUUUACAGAAAAAAUAUCUGUCUUUAAUGUACUGUAGGAAGCUAACUAGUUCGGCACAGAUCCCUGGAAACCAGCUACCUGAUCAAGUCUUUGAAAAAGGAUGUUAUGAUAUAUUGUAUCACAUGCUGCACUUAAAUCAAGCAUGAUUAAGAUGCAGCAAGAACCAGAGUCGAGGGAAAGUAAAAUAUCAUUAGUAAACUUCAAAACCCAGACUGAAAUAUGUCUAAAUUAUUACUUAAGGAAGCACUUCAGUAAGAUGAGAUCUGAGAAUAAACUAUAUUUUUCAAAACCUUUGGGAUGAAAGAUAAUUUAGGAAUGGGUCUAUAGUUAUUUAGGUCUUGGCUGAUCAAGAUUAUGCUUUUUUAACAGUGAUCAAGACUAUGCUUUUUAAAAUGUUUUUUAAUAUUUGUUUACGUGAGAUUGUGAUUUAAAUUGCCAGUGUCAUGUAUUACAUAGGGUUUCCACCUCAGAGAUAAUCACUAUAUGUAUAAUGAAACUAUCAUAUGAAAAAAUACAUUAUUCAUAUUUUAAUCAAAAUUUGAAUCAAACAUAUAUUAAUCAUUAGUUGUUGCUGUAAAGCCUCAAUAAAUUAUGAUAUAUUCUUCAAGCUAUAGGAAGCUUUAAGAUUUUUUUUUUUUUUCAGUUUUUUUAAAAGAACUAACCCUAAUGACAGUGUAAAAUAUGUUUUUAUUAUUCUGUUAAUUAAAAUAAAUAGAAUAUGGUGCAAAACUUUGCUGAAGUUUAAAACAAGUAUUAACUUAUUACACAAAUGUAUUACUAUAUAUCUACUUCUUAAAUAGUUCACCCAAAAAUGAAAAUUCUGUCACUCACCUUCAUGUUGUUCCAAUCCUGUAAAACCUUCAUUCAUCUUCAGACCACAAAUUAAGAUAUUUUUUAUGAAAUCCGAGAGCUUUCUGUCUCUGCAUAGACAGCAAUCCAACUGACA